UACGCGCUUCAGCUGUCGUUGAUGUUUUUCUUCUGAUGUUACUUUUUUUUUUCCUUAUAAAUCUUCCUUAAAGGCUGUGCGGUGAGCCAGGCAAAGUAUUUGUUCUCAAAAUGUCAACUGUCAAGGAGAAGCUUAUUGAGAAUCUAAUCCGGGAAGAUAAGAGCUCCCAGAAUAAGAUCACCAUUGUUGGCACUGGAGCUGUAGGCAUGGCUUGUGCUAUUUGUGUCUUAUUAAAGGUAAUAUUGCCUUUGGUUUCCUUUUUAGAUUACAGCGUAUCUGCAAACUCCAAGUUAGUUAUUGUCACAGCAGGUGCACGGCAGCAGGAGGGAGAAAGUCGCCUUGCCCUGGUCCAACGGAAUGUGAACAUUAUGAAAUCAAUCAUUCCUACCAUAGUUCAUUAUAGUCCUGACUGUAAGAUACUUAUUGUUUCAAAUCCAGUGGAUAUUUUGACAUAUGUGGUCUGGAAGCUAAGUGGCUUACCUGCAACUCGUGUAAUUGGAAGUGGUUGUAAUCUAGACUCUGCCCGUUUCCGUUACCUGAUUGGGGAGAAGCUGGGUGUUCAUCCCGCAAGCUGCCAUGGUUGGAUUAUUGGAGAACAUGGUGAUUCCAGUGUGCCCUUGUGGAGUGGGGUGAAUGUUGCUGGCGUUGCUCUGAAGACUCUAGACCCCAACUUAGGAACUGGUACAGAUGGGGACCAAUGGAAAAAUAUCCAUAAACAAGUUAUUGGAAGUGCCUAUGAGAUUAUCAAGCUGAAAGGAUAUACCUCCUGGGCUAUAGGACUGUCUGUGACCGAUCUAGCAGGAUCGAUUUUGAAAAAUCUUAGGAGAGUGCAUCCAGUGUCUGUUAUGGUUAAGGGCUUCUAUGGAAUAAAAGAAGAACUCUUUCUCAGUAUCCCUUGUAUCUUGGGGCGAAAUGGUGUCUCAGAUAUUGUGAAAGUUAAAUUGAAUUCUGAGGAGGAGGUCCUUUUUAAGAAGAGCGCAGACACACUUUGGGAUAUCCAAAAAGAGCUGGUAUUUUAAAGCCUCUUAAUGUUCCACUGUUUUAUAGAACAGAAGAUAUCAGAAGAUAUAGAACAAAAAUGUAUAUUUUACAUUUUGAAAGUAUUUUCAUUUGAUUUGUAAAAAAUUUUAAAAAACGUUGGAGACCCAUGACAUAACGUCAGUCCCUCAAGGCUAGAAAAAGGAAAUGGUAAAGAUAUUCUCCUCUUUAUGAAUCCCUUACAACUCUGUUCUAAUGAUACCCAACCUAUACAAAUGCAAGUAAUACUUCUGAAGUAUGUCAUAUAAGAGUUGACUUCAAGUUUAGAGAGUAUGUGUCAUAACCCGUUAUAAUAUAAAACUUAUGAUUCUUCCCAUAAAACAACCAGCACCUUUUCUAGCAUUGAAAUUUCAUUCUUCCAUUAGGGCACAGGCAUAUUCACUUUAUACUCCCUCAUUAGCUUUGGGUGUCUAUGUGCGAUCUUCACCAGGUACUUAUCUGGGCCAUGUAUAACAGAAGGAAACAGAAAUAAAACUUUUAUGGCAUUAAAAAAAUGUUUGCAAUGUUUUCAAA